GCUGCGCAGCUGGACACGGAUCUGCAGACCGUCUGCACAGGAUGCGCAGCCAAAGCAAGCAGAGCUCCAAGGAGGGGCUGCAGAGGGCUCCAAACAGCAGGAGAGGGACACAGCCGGUCCAGCGGCCCAGCUCACUCCUCAGCCCGGUCAUGCUCAGCACACGCAGGACCUGGGACCUCGGCCACACCCCCUGCUUGCAGGAGCUCUGGAAGAAAGACGUCUCAUUGGACGCAAGUUCGGUGGACUUCCUGAUGAGUGAAGGUGAGGAGGACAGCUCCUUCAUCUCACUGCAGAACUCUGUAUUUCCACGCCACUGUAUGACCUCUGACCUCCCUGCCCCCGACGCCACAAGUGACCAGCAACAGCUGCUUAUACAGACUCUACAGGAGAAGGUGUCCGAGUUCCAGGCGCGUCUGCGCAGCGAGGAGGCCAGCAGACGGCUGCAGAGACUGCGUCAGACCCGCGAGCCACACCUGCAGGAGAAGCCCCCUCUCAUCCCCAGCCUGCAGGGGGCGCUGCCGCACACAGCCGAGGCCGCAGGUGGGAGGCGCUGUUCUGCAGAAGGCCGGUCGAGCGCAACACUACAGAGGCUGGCGGAGUCUUUACACCCUGCGCAGGAGCAGAGGGCACAGCUACAGGACCAGCUGCACAGCCGUGAGAGCGAACAGCAGGCUCUCAUUGGUCGACUGCGCACACAGGUGAAGGACCUGGAGGAAAAGCUUCAGGACCAGACCCAGGAGGUGGACAGACUGCGUUCUGAGCUGGGGGCGACAGACCUGGAGAAGCACCUGGAGAUCCUGGUCUCGGAGAACGAGCGGCUCAAACAGGAGCUGAGUGCCUGCCAGGCCUCGCUGCUCGACAUCCCAGCGCCGCCCGCUGCCUGCAGAGACUGCCCGCACAGCCAGGAUGCGGAGGUGCUGCGCAGGCAGCUCGCUCGGCGGGAGGAGGAGCUGCAGGAGCAGGGCCGGAGGCUGGCGGAGCUGGAGCGCAGGCUGGAGGAGGAGGCGGGCAGGGUGGCGGAGCUCUCCCUGCAGCUGGAGCAGUCGCUCCGGGAGAGGCAGGAGGUGGAGCUGCAGCUGGGCCGCAGGCUGAGAGAGUGCCAGCAGGCCAUGUCCAAGCAGGCCGCGCUGCCCCCGCAGGUCAAGUAUGUCACCAGGACGGUGGAGGUGGAGUCGGCUCAGUCUCAGCAGGCUCUGUCUGAGGCGCAGAGCCGAAAUCUGGCCCUGCAGGAGCAGCUGGGGGUCCAGAGACAGCUGCUCCGAGAGCUGGAGCAGCAGCUUCACGACUCGCAGAGGACCAGCAGCCAGCUGCGGAGUCAGAUCCUGUCGUACGAGGGUGAGAUGGAGCGAGUUCAGGGCCAGCUGGAGGCGGAGAUGCAGUCGCUGGAGGAGGAGAAGAACCGUGUCAUCGAGGAGGCGUUCAUCCGCGCCGAGAGCGAGAUGAAGGCCGUGCACGAGAACCUGGCCGGUGUGCGGAUGAACCUGCUGACGCUGCAGCCAGCCCUGCGCACGCUCACCUGUGACUACAACUGCCUGAAGCGGCAGGUGCAGGACUUCCCCCUCAUGCUGGACAAGGCCAUCAGCGAGGCCAAGCAGGAGAUCUGCCAGGUGAUCGCGGAGGUGAGCAGCGCCAACCAGGAGCUCCUGCGCAAGUACAAGAGGGAGAUGAACCUGAGGAAGAAGUGUCACAACGAGCUGGUGCGCCUCAGAGGUAAUAUCCGGGUGUUUUGCCGGGUCCGCCCUGUGUCCCAAGAGGAGCUGGACGCCGCCGAGGCCAAGAACAUGGUGACCUUUGACCAGGACGAUGAUGCCAUCCUCCAACUGUCAAACAAGGGGAAGGCGAUGACAUUCGAGCUGGACAAGGUGUUCCCUCCUCAGGCCACGCAAGAGGAGGUCUUUCAGGAAGUUCAGUCUCUGAUUACUUCCUGUAUCGAUGGCUACAACGUGUGCAUCUUUGCUUACGGACAGACAGGCUCGGGGAAGACCUACACCAUGGAGGGUGUGCCCGAGAACCCCGGCAUUAACCAGCGUGCUUUGCAGCUGUUGUUUUCCGAGGUGUCGGAGAAGGCGCCCGACUGGGACUUCCACAUCACCGUCAGCAUGGUGGAGAUCUACAACGAGACACUCCGGAACCUUUUGGGAGACAACCCCAGUGAGAAGCUGGACAUUAAGAUGUGUCCAGACGGGAGCGGGCAGCUGUAUGUCCCGGGACUGACGGAGUUUGCCGUGCAGAGCGCGGAGGACAUUAACAGGGUGUUUGAGCUGGGUCACAUGAACCGGGCGACCGCCUGCACCAACUUGAACGAGCACAGCUCUCGAUCUCACGCCCUCCUUAUCAUCACCGUCUCCGGGUUCAACUCCUCCACCGGCAACCGCACCUCAGGUAAGCUGAACCUGGUGGACCUGGCCGGGUCGGAGCGCAUCGCUAAGUCCGGCGCGGAGGGCAGCCGCUUGCGGGAGGCACAGUGCAUAAACAAGUCCCUUUCGGCCCUGGGAGACGUGAUCCACGCCCUGCGGUCCAAGCAGGCCCAUAUCCCCUUCCGAAACUCGCGCCUCACCUACCUGCUGCAGGACUCCCUGAGCGGGGACAGCAAGACGCUGAUGAUGGUGCAGGUUUCCCCGAUGGACAGCAACGUCAGCGAAUCGGUGUGCUCCCUGAAAUUCGCCCAGCGGGUACGCUCUGUGGAGCUAGGCUCCGCCUCCCGGAAGCAGGUGGAGAACUCCUCCACCUCGUCCUCGCCCACGCACGACAGCGUGGAGCUCGAUUCUCCGCCGGUGACACCCUUGCCUAUCUCCCGAACAAGCAGCGUGGGGUCAACCCUGACCCCCAGCAGCAAGACCUCAUCCAACGCCCGCCGGAGGUCCCAGUCCCAGAUCGCCACAGAGUGACAUGUAGACAGAGGCAGCUGACGGGUGGGGCACAGUGGGCAGGAAGGCUGAAGCUCGCUGCGUGAUGGGAAAAACAGAAUCCGCACUGCCGGGCGACCAGGACUUAAGCACAUUCAACAACUGUUCCAGACUUGAAGCUCGUUUCAUCAUCAUUUCCGAAGGGUGUCUCCCAGCACCCUGGCUCUGCAUCAGUGGUCGGCCAAUAGGAACUUGCUCCGCCAUCUGAUCAGCCAAUGAAAGCUUUCUGAUGUCAGGAUGGCCAAUAGAAACCCCCUCUGCAAUAUACUGUGGGGGGAAAUAAACAGACCAGAUUGAAUGGGAAUAGAGCCCUCUGGUGGUGACUCUGCUUAACUGCAUGAUUGGCUGAUUUAAGAGCACUGAUGGGUUUGGAUCACGACGCUGAAACCACAACCACCUGCGGUGCCGUGGUGAUUCUCCUCGGAGUUUCAGACUCUUACCGCUUGGGACAAAUGGGGACCGAUGCAAAUGCACAGCUCAUCCAAGCUUGAGUGGGAAGGGGGCCAAGCAGGGGGGGAGCCCCGAAAAGACAAACAGACCCCUCCCACAAGCACACACACAGUGGACCCAAUAACUCUGACAAUAACUCUUUUCUGAACAGCAAUGGAGUCUUCCAACCACAGUAUUUAAUGUAAUUUUUUUUUUUUUUUGGCAAAACGCACUUUAGAUGAAGCUGUUACCUUAAAUGUGUUUUAUCCAUGUCUAAUUACAGUUUUACAAACGUGUGUGAAAUGUUUCUCAAUUCAGUAGUUUUGAUUGGUUGGAAUUAGAGUGGGAUUCUUCACAAAGCCCAGCACCAAAUAAAGCACCGCAGUUGGGAUCUUGGCUCCAGGACCUGGAGUUUGUUUUUAAUUUUAGCAAUAAGGAUGAUGAGUUUUGAUGUCUUCUGUACAGUAUGUUUUUAAGUCUUAAUCUGGAUACGACACACCCAGCAGUAUCUGUUCAACGCAUGCAUUUCUUUAGCUCCUUGGAUGUUUUGUUUUCAGGACUUUAGUUUCAUGUGCAAGCAAAUGAACCGUGAACAGGGGUGAGAAAUACCAUUAGAAUGAGACUGUUCAAAUCCAGCGAAAGUGAAACUACAGCUGAACUGAAUGCGUAGAUAAAUCUUGUUCAAAUUGUCAGUGCAUUUUCAGUGUAAAUAAGGACGUUUAGGCCCGUAAUUCGACCGUCUGCGGUCUCUGCAGUGCUGUAGCAGUGUCAUCAGUCUGCUACGUCAUGUCAGCGUUGUGUUAAUUAUGGGCGGUCGCUCAUGCUUGCUUAAAUUUUCUGAAUGCAACUGGUGUAGAUUUCUACCCUGUUUUUGUAUAUUAUUUUUAAUAAAGCCGAAAAAGAACCAACCG